UCGGGGGUCUAGGAAGGCAGUCGUCUGCACACCACCACCCAUCCAGAGGGCGAUCCUUGGACCUGGCGUGGUGCAUGCGCCGUCAUUUGAACAAGAAGCAAUAACGUGAAUAAGCGUUAAUUGUCGGAGCUGCGCGUGAAUUUCUCGGAUCGGCGCCAGGACCCCCCCGGCAGCGCCUCCGGCGCGGCCCCUGGCGCGCUCCGCGCGCCAGGGAGAGAGGCCCAGCGCCGGUCCAAGAAAUCAUCCGCGCAGACCUUCAAACAAGUGCAUAUUGAAAUCGCUUUCACUUCUCCAAUACGCCUGGCCCCAGCCAGAAGGGUCUAAGCUCAGGAACUUCCUCCUCCUCCUCCUCCUCCUCCUCCUUCAGCAUGUCGCGGCGUGGGUUCUGGCCCACCAUGCUUUGGCGCGACACGCGAGCCGCGCCACCAUGUCCAAGCGUCAACGUUCCGAUCUUUUCACAGACUCCGUCCCUCGGAGCGGAGCGACACGCUAUCCGCUCGCAGGGCGUGUCGCCGGGGCUGCCGCCGCGACACGCUGAGCAAAGGUUCCUGACCGUGUACACCACCCGCCAGUCUGGGGCCCAGAGUGAACCCAGGCCAGGCACGGUGCUGGAGUGCAGAUGUCUUCUGCGGAGGAGCGCCCGAGUUCUCGGAGGCGCAGCUGGCGGAGGCCGAGCGGCUCAUGGCAGAGACGCCGCGCAUCCAGGCGGCCCUGAAGAAUUUUCUGUCGCUGAAGAUGGCCAGGGCUGUCACUCCCGCCGAGGCGGGGGAGGAGGAGGAGGGCCUGCCUGGCAGUCCGGCUACUCUGCAGGGCUGCGCGCGGGUGUUGAUGAAGGCCCUGAACGGCCUGGAGCUGCCCCCGGCCACCGAGUGGAGCCAGAGGUGGCCCCAGGGCGAGCAGGAAUUGGCCAUGGACUUCAUGGGCCGGAUCGGCAGGUACAAGGUCGUCCACAGCCUCUGGACGCGCUGCCGGGCCGCGGGCCAGAAGCCCGGCAACAUGCUCGGCCGCGGCGCGCUGGAAUUCGCCCUCCCGGAGGCCCUGGAGGCGGUGAUGUCCGAUGCCGCAGCCUCGGCUGGGGCUGCCGGCGCAGCCGAGGACCUGGCGGCGGGCAGAGGGCCUCCUGGCGUGGUAAAAGGCUGUGGGUGGCGCACACGCAGCCCUCCCAUAGGUAGGCCCAGUUGGCCUCGACAUUGGCCCCGAGGAAACAGGCCCCCCCGCCGAGCAGCUGAACGCCCUCGACAAUUGCGCGUCCCAUCCUUAACCCAUAAGUGCUGGUUUUACCAAGCCAAGACAGAGUUCGUCUGUGGGGGAGGGGGGCGAGGCCGAAUUUCAUUGUCGUCGGGGAGAGUGCGAAUCGAAGAUGCAAUAUUUUUAUGUUGGGUAGCGUAUUUGACUUCCCACUACUACCACUACCACUACCACUACCACUACCACUACCACUACCACUACCACUACCACUACCACUACCACUACCACUACCACUACCACCACUACUACUACUACUACUACUACUACUAUUACUACUACUACUACUACUACCACUACUACUAUACUACUACUACUACUACUACUACUACUACUACUACUACUACUACUACUACUACUACUACUACUACUACUACUACUACUACGACUACUACUACGACUACUUACGACUACUACUACUAUGCUACUACUACUACUACUACUACUACAUCACUACUAAUACUACUACUACUACUACUACUACUACUACGUACUACUACUACUACGACGACUACUAACUACUACUACUACUACUACUACUACUACUACUAG